AAAAAAAAGACACCAUCUAACAAGAAGGUGUUCAAUCUCAGCUGAUCAUUCUCAUGCAUGAAGGGGCUCGCCACCCACAGCGACGCUCUCCAAUCCAUUAAAACCCUUGUGCUGAAACGCCUAUAUCCGCAAGCCCUUAGAGCCUCAGCAUCGCUCCUCCAUCCUCCUCUCACUGAUCAAUCCUAUGCCCUCUUCCUUAAAUCAGGCUUCACACUCGAUGCCUUCCUCUCCAGCUUCAUUGUCAACCGCUUUGCCAUCUCAGGCGACUUCGCUCGCGCCCGCAGGUUCCUACUCGACACCCCAUACCCCGACACAGUCUCCUGGAAUUCUCUCAUCUCUGGGUAUGCCCGGUUUCGGCAACCCGGGCCCGUGUUCGACUUGUUCAAUGGGUUGAGGCGAUCCGGUCUGAGUCCUGAUGAGUUCAGUUUGAGUUCUUUGGUCAAGGGGUGUGGUGUUCUUGAGCAAAAUGAGGUUGCACAUGGGGUUUGUUUGAAGAUGGGGUUAAUGAACGGUUUUGUGGUGAGUGGACUGCUGGAUGGCUAUGCGAAAUUGGGUGAUGUUGAUUCAGCUGAGAAGUGUUUCAAAGAGGUUUAUAUUGUGGAUUCUGUGGUUUGGACGGCUAUGGUUUGUGGGUUUGUUUGGAACGGAGAAUUCGAGAAGGGGCGCGAGGUUUUUGUAGAGAUGAGGGGUUUGGGUUUGGAGUUGAACGAGUUUAGCUUGACUAGUGUUCUUGGGGCACUGUCUGAUGUGAGAGAGGGUGAACAGGUUUUUGGUUUAAGUGUUAAGAUGGGUCUGUUAUGCGGAUGCUCAAUUCAUUUGAACAAUGCAUUGAUGAAUAUGUAUUCUAGGUGUGGGAGUAAAUCUGAUGCUAUUAAAAUGUUUGAUGAAAUGACUGAGCCGGAUGUUGUUUCAUGGACUGAGCGGAUUGGCGCUGCUUAUGACGCUAUAGAAGCUUUUGAAUUGUUUAGACUUGUGCUUUCAGGAAACAUGGAAGUGAAUGAGUAUAUGUUGAUUAAUGUUUUGUCUGCCAUGGGGGAGCCAAAGUUGUUGAAAUCUGGGAGGCAAAUCCAAGGGCUUUGUCAAAAGGCUGGGUAUUUGCAAGUGGCUUCUGUUAAUAAUGCAUUGAUUUUUAUGUAUGGGAAGUGUGGAGAGAUGGUCGCUGCUAGGCACAUUUUUGAUGAAAUGCUUUGUGGGGAUUCCGUUUCAUGGAAUUCUCUGAUUGCAGGGUAUGCUGAGAAUGGACUCAUGAAACAAGCUCUUAAGGUGUUCUCUCAAAUGCGUGAUUAUUUGCUACAACCCAAUAAAUAUACUUUGGCUAGCAUUCUAGAAGUAGCAGCAAACCCAAAUUCUCCAGAGCAGGCAAUGCAAAUUCAUUCAUAUAUAGUUAAACUGGGAUUCAUAGUAGAUAAUUCAAUGUUGUCUUGUUUAAUAACAGCAUAUGGUAAAUGCAAUAUGAUUUGUGAAUCAAAGAGGGUAUACAGUGAUAUUAGUCAAAUAAAUGUGUUGCAUCUUAAUGCAAUGGCAGCCACACUUGUCCAUGCUGGUUGCCAUGCUGAUGCCCUCAAAUUGUUCCAAACAGGAUGGCGCUUGCCUCAGGAAGUGGAUUGCAUAACAUUAAGUAUAGUACUUAAAGCAUGUGGUGCUUUGACAGAUUUGGAAUAUGGUAGAAAUAUACAUUCUAUGGCCCUUAAAUCUGGAAUGAGUGAGGAUAACUUUGUAGAAAGUGCUGUUAUCGAUGUGUACUGUAAGUGUGGAACUGUGGAUGAAGCUGCAAAAACUUUUAUGAAUGUAUCUAAAAACAAUUUAGUUGCUUGGAAUGCCAUGGUGAUGGGAUAUGCUCAACAUGGUUGUUAUCAUGAAGUUUUCGAGCUAUUUAAUAAGAUGCUUGAAUUGGGGAUACAACCUGAUAAGAUAACUUAUCUUGGAGUGCUUAACUCAUGUUGUCAUUCAGGGCUAGUGAAUGAAGCGCGUACUUACCUAAGCUCGAUGUUAGAACUUCAUGGAGUGGUCCCAUGUUUAGAACACUAUGCCUGCAUGAUAGACUUAUUUGGACGAGUUGGACUCCUGGAAGAUGCAAAGAGGACCAUUGAUCAAAUGCCUAUUAUGCCUGAUGCUCAAAUAUGGCAGAUUCUUCUCUCAGGCUGCAACAUCCAUGGAAAUGUUGAUUUGGGGGAAGUUGCAGCAAAGAAGCUUAUUGAGCUGCAACCUGAAAAUGAUUCCGCUUAUGUUCUUCUCUCAAAUCUCUAUGCUUCAGCUGGUAGGUGGAAUGCUGUUGGAAAAUUGAGAAGGGUAAUGAAAGAAAAAAUAAUCUGCAAGGAACCUGGUUCUAGUUGGAUUCAGGUGAGAGGAUCUGUGCAUUACUUUUUUGCUAGCGAUACAUCACAUCCUGAGAGUAAAGAAAUUUAUAUGAAGCUCCAGAGGUUGUAUGAGGAAAUGUUUGCUUCACCAUAUUUGGAACAAGAUAGACCUGUCAACUAUGAUCCAAUUCAAUUUUGAUUUAUGAGGCAACUGUGAAUGGGGGCUGUCCUUUGCAUGUUUCUGGGAUACCAUCAAAGGCUGGUACUCAAGCAAUCAGGGCUUUUUACCUGUCAUUUCUCAACAGGUAUUGUGGCUUCAACCAUGAAUCAGUCCUGGCUUAUUCCACUUGAUCUCAUUUUUGUUUCUACCACUUCCAAACUAUUCUAAUGUAGACAGUAUGAUAUCUGGCAGGGACGAUGGCGAGGUGAAGAUGCCAUGGAAAGCACAGAGACAAAAGAUUUGAAAGCCUUUUCUGCUAUCCUCAACUUUAUCUGCCCCCUCUUUGGAAGAGGCCUUCUGCCCCUGAAAUUGCUGCUAGUAGUCACUUGAGGAAUGUUACUGACCUUGUUAUUCAUGAUGGAAAAGUAUGCAAAGUGAACUUCUGUUAAGAGUUGGAUAGUUUGAUAAAUGGUGGAUAUCUGACUGGUCGCCUUGGUUGGGUAUUUAUAUAGCACAGGAACAGUUCAUUGUAAUAACAAGGCCUGAGGAGGGGCUCAUCUGGCUGUGUCAAGCAAGCUAGAAACUGACUUUUUAGGUUGGCAGGGGUUGGGAAGGCAUGCCAGCGAAUUGUCUGGCUGUACAAGAUUCCUUUCAGCUCAACUUGAGACAUUAACUCCAUGGGAUGAUUUGGCGGCUGAUUGACCAAGUAGAAGAUCCAAACUUAAUCUACAUAUAUUGUGAUUUUUUGAGCCUGUCUUACCAUAAACACGUGUGGGUUUUAGCAGCAUUUUGUUCUCUUGUAUGCCAUGGGCUCCUCCAUGGAUGACUAGAAAAAGGGCUACUCUUUGAAAUGGCAAGAUCUAUUGAUUUGUUUUUGUACAACUUGACAGAUAGAUUCAUUAGUUAAAUGCAACUGGUUUGGACACCAGGGAGCAGGGUUGAUAUUAAUAUUUGUUUAUACUCUCAUCCAUGUUUCCAUGGAGACUUCCUCAGUACUGCCAAAUGUCUAUCUGACUGCCUUCAGGAUGGCACCUUGCUCUAUAAUAUGAUGUAUGUUCGAUGCCACUGCACAUGGUCAAGAGCUUGUUUCCCAGGCAGAGAAUCAUAUAUGUAUAACGACAUUGAUGAUGACGAAAAUGAUUUAUUUAGUAUAUUCCUUUUAAA